AUGCCUUCAGAGAAAAAGUCUCGUUCCUCCUCAUCCUCCAAAAAGUCCAAAUCAUCAAAAUCUUCAGAUGAAUCGGAAGACAAGAAGAAAAAGAAAGAUAAAAAGGAAAAGAAGGAAAAGAGAUCAUCUUCAUCUAAAAAAUCAAGAAAAUCAACAAGUGAGGAAGAGCCUAAAAUUGAGGAACCAAAGAAGGUUGAGACCACUCAAGAAAAUCAAAUACCCACCUCUCAAAAUUAUGAUUUACAUAAGCUAAACUUUAUUGCCUCAAGAAAUAUUAAUAAUCAUGUUUAUGAAAAACAACUUACAGAACUUCAAUUCCUAAUCAACUCUAAAUUAAUUCCAACCAAACAAUCUCUUCUGUCACAGUUAUACAAAAUACAGAGUAAAAUGACUCUGGUUAGAAAGGCAAAAGACAAGCUGUGCAAUGAGUAUAAAGUUCAAAUGGAUACACUCAUCAACAAUCUCAAUCUUCAAGAGUCAAACAAAAUGCUUGUUUUAAAACAGGACGAAAGUAGUGUUCUAAAUCAAUUGAAUCAGAUACAGAUUUUCUCGAAUAAGGUUGGAUUGGAAUUAACUCAAGGAAGAGACGAUAUUCCGGCUAAUGCAGAGUAUUCAACAUUUUCAGACAUUUCGAAUUUGAUAACAGAAUCAAUGUUUUUAUCUGAGAAGAAUUUAUGCCUCUCAAUUGACAACCCCUCAUACAUGACAACCUUAUUAGAAUACGAUCAAGGAGAUAUGAAAGAUUUGACUUUUUACAAGUACAAGUAA